GUUGUUCAUUGGGUAGCUGAAGAACAAGGCCCGCCUCCUGACGCUGUUAUUUAAAGGUACAGAGUGCCAACGCGGACCAGACUGUCGCGAGAAGCUGCCGAGAAACUGCGUCGCCCCUCCACCAGUCAACGAUGAUGCUGUUGAGGACACUGGCCUCCCUGUGCGUCCUGGCCGCCGCUGCCUUUGCCGUCCCUGCUCAGGAGAAGCGCAUCCAUCACCAGGCCGAUCUGAGUGACCACGCCCACGACGAUUCCGACGGCUUCCAGUACGACCAUGAAGCCUUCCUGGGCAAAGAGGAGGCCAAGACCUUCGAUCAGCUGACGCCCGAGGAGAGCAAAGACAAAUUAGCGAAGAUAGUGGAGCGCAUUGACAUGGACAAGGAUGGCUACAUCAGCCACGCAGAGCUGCACUAUUGGAUCAAACACCGGCAGAGGAGGUACAUCGAGGAGAACGUGAACAAGCACUGGAAGGACUACGACAAGAACCAAGACGGAAAGAUCGGCUGGGAGGAGUACAAAAACACCACCUAUGGCUACUACCUGGACGAGGAGUUUGAUGACCUGGAUAACAAGGCCACCUAUAAAUCCAUGCUCACCCGGGACGAGAGGCGCUUCAAGAGGGCCGACCGGGACGCUGACGGUAUCGCCACGCGGGAAGAGUUCACCGCCUUCCUCCACCCGGAGGAGUACGACCACAUGAAAGACGUGGUGGUGCAGGAAACGGUGGAGGACAUCGAUAAGAACGGCGAUGGCAAGAUCGACUUGGCGGAGUACAUCGGAGACAUGUACACAUCAGAGGACGCUGGCGGAGAGCCCGACUGGGUCCAGACCGAGAAGAAACAUUUCUCUGAGUUCAGAGAUGCCAACAAGGACGGCCACCUGGAUGCUGACGAGGUGGCCCACUGGAUUCUGCCUGGAGAGGUUGACCAUACUGACAAUGAAGCCAAACACCUGAUCUAUGAGACGGACACCGACAAGGACCAGAAAAUAACCAAGGAGGAGAUUCUGGCCAACUGGAACAUGUUUGUUGGCAGCCAGGCCACCAAUUACGGGGAGGACUUAACAAAGAGACACGAUGAGCUUUGAGCUGUCAGAAGCUCAUUGGGAGAACACGGUUACCGUGGUUACCGUGGUUACUCUGAGAGAAAGGUUGUAAUGAUGUACCUUUGGUCACACAUGUGCAUACAGACACACACAUCCACUCAGCAUUCACUCACAUACUGUGUAUGUGAAUACAGACCGUUCCAUAUCAGUGACACUGAACUCCUGCUGAUAAUUCAGUGGCAUCCAUCCAACACACGGGUAAACAUGCAGACAUGGCAUCAGAGACUGUUACAUUAAACCACAAGGUGUAUGGAAUGUUGUGAUCUCGGGAGUUCGCUUAUUAAAGUCUUGUUUUGUUUUGUUUUUCUACGAAUUGCCGUUUCUUUGUUUUUGCAUUAACCAAUCUUGUUACAUUUGUGUAUCAUGUUGUGAUAAUGAGAACAGUGUAGCUCUCUACAUGUUUUUCUGUCUAUUACAAUAUGACAUUUAGUUUGGAGUGUUUGUGUUGAACUUGAUAAAAGAGAAAGGUGCUCAGCACUGUUGGAUUCUUAACGCGGCA